AUGACCGGCAAGCGUGGAGGUGUUUUGUGGCAUUUUUUGCUUCUCUUCCUUUGGCCUUGGGUGUGGGCUGAUGGUUUGCAACUUGGCUCAGUGGACGUUCCACCUGAGCGCAACAGUCCAGAUAGUUUGAGUGCGUAUCACUUUGAUGUUCCUUUACCUCAACAAUAUCUGUUUCGUUCCUCUACAUGCAGAUUUGGUGAGGCUGACCACCCGGGCCCAGAUGGACAGAUGCUGGAGCCCGCAGAUCGUGCACUCCCCAUUGAGAACCCUUCCUUGCUGAGGAUUGGAUGUUCCAAUCCCGGUGGAUUGCGAGGCAAAGAAUUGACAGCUUUGCAACUUGGAUGUGGCAUUUGGUGCUAUGCAGAAACACAUUUGACCCAUGGUUUGCAAAGAGCUGUCACGACUUCGCUUUCUCGUACGGGAAGCCAAAUGAAUCGACAAAUCAGAGCCCAUUUUGGCGCCCCUGUCGCUUUUAGAUCCAACUCUGUUGAAGCCGGCACUUGGUCCGGAGUGGGGGUUCUCAGUGACUUUCCAUCUAGGGAACUCAAUGUGGCAUGGCAACAUGGAGAAAGAUCUUCGGGUCGUGUUUUGAUCACAAGACAUUUGGUCAAUCAAUUGCCUUUUCUACUGGCGGCAUGCUAUGGUUUUCCUUCUGGCCCCACUUGGCCAAACAGUCGCCAGCUGACUGGCCAGCUGUUGUCUUCGCUCACUAGGGAGAUGGUCAUCAGUGGCUCUGGACCUAGAAUCAUCGCAGGUGACUUCAACAGCGCCAUCCACCAACAAGAUGAAUUUCGCAUCUGGGAAAGCUAUGGAUGGACAGAAGCGCAAGUUCACGCCAAUACAUGUUGGCACCGUCCCAUUCAGCCUACAUGCAAGAAGGCAACGGUGGUAGACAUGAUAUGGAUGUCUCCAGAAGCGGCCAUGCUCUGCCGCAAUGUUGACAACAUUGACAUUUUUGCUGACCAUACCACCUUGUAUGCGGAUUUUGCGGUGCCUACCUUCACUUCAAAUAUCUCAACAUGGCCCAAACCUACUCAAAUACCAUGGGACCAAAUUGACUUGGAGCUAUGGCACAACAAGCUGCGGGACCCGCCUGCGCCAGAUUAUGUGGAUGGCUCCUCCACCAAUUACUUCACGGAAUGGGCCCAACACUGGGAAAGAGCGCUUGAUGGCUGUGUCCUGCAACAACCAGCCGGACGCCUUCCAGAAGCUUGCAAGGGCAGAGCAGUGCGUACUAAGCCACAAACAGCAUCCCUGACACCUCCAGUGGUCAAGGCUUCUAGACCUGGCGAAGUUCAACUUCGCUCUGACCUUGUGUCGAAGCAGGUGCAUUUGUGGUUCAAGCAGCUCAGACGAUUGCAGAGCUACAAACAUGCAGCCCUUGCCAACAAGUUGACAGUGGACGCAGAAGCAUACAGACUGAACUUGUGGAUGGCCAUAAGAAAGAGUCGUGGAUUUGAUGGACUUUUUGACUCUUGGUGGACUCGGCGGCUACAUCAAUCUUCAAUGGCUCCUUCUUCGCUGCCAUUGGCGCCACCAGAUGGCCCCACAGCUGAGCUGAUCUUCACUGACUUCAAGACCAACUUUGAAUCCUUUGAGAGAUGGCAUUUACGUCAACGACGCAAAUUGCUACAAACAAAAUACGAUCGAUGCUGUCAUCGUCUCUUUCGAGAACUACGACCUCCACAACGAGAGCAGCUGGAUCUUUUGUGGCAUACUAGUGACUUCACCAUCUUGGCCUUGGACUUCAGUGGCUGCCAGCUUCACGUUGAUCAACCUGUCCAGGAACUAGAAGGAAGGGUGUGGUUCAUUAAUCACGUCCAAGUUGAGGUUGUUUCUGCCGAUGGUGAUCUUCUUGUCCUUCGGUCUCUCCCAAGUCAUGCUGAGCCAGGCGACAUUUUACAAUGUCACCAAUACUACUCUUCGACGGAACAAAUUCAUCAAGCUCUGAUUGACUUAUGGAGACCUAGAUGGCAGACCGCAAGUAUGAUAGGUUCGGAACAAUGGAACAGAAUCACUGGAUUCAUUCAUGCUUACUUGCCUCGCUUGGACUUUCCUGAGCCUGACCUGACCCACAGCCAAUGGCAAACCACCUUGAACCAGUUUCCGCCGCGACCGGCAAGAGGAGUGGAUGGGAUCGAUGUCAAAGACUUGAAGCAGCUCCCUGAACAAUCAAGCAACAGCCUCCUCACCUUCAUCAAGAAGAUCGAUGGUGACACUUGCGUAUGGCCAGAUCAACUGUUGUUUGGCACUGUGUUGAGUUUGAGCAAGCAGGAACUUUCGCACCUGCCAAAUCAUUUUCGACCAGUGGUCAUUUUGGGCACUGUUUAUCGUGCCUGGUCCAGAAUGUGUGCUUUACCACUGCUACAGUUGCUCAGCAUGGUUGUGCCGGCCUCUGCACAUGGAUUCCUACCCGGCAGAGAAUGUGCACAAAUUUGGCUUCAGCUCCAAUGCUUCAUUGAGGUUUGUAUCCAACAGGGCAUUGAAUUUUCUGGCUUCAGCACGGACAUUGAGAAGUGCUUCAACAAUAUAGGUAGGGAUCCUUUGAUGACUUUGGCUUCCCAUGUUGGGCUUUGCCCCAAACUGCUGCAGCCUUGGCGUUCCUUCCUGGACAACUUUGUGCGGUCCUUCCAGGUGCGCACCACAUUGAGUGCGCCGGUUCGUAGCUCACAAGGAUUACCAGAGGGAUGUUCACUUUCGGUGGUUGGGAUGGUCCUGAUUGAUUGGGCUCUACAUGUUUAUCUCUCCGCAUUAGCUCCCUCUGUGCAUGCCUUUUCCUACGUUGACAAUGUUUCUGAGGCAGGACACAAGGUGAUGGAUGUUGUUUCGGCAUUUUUCAGCACCAUUUGCUUCUUUCAACUUUGGGGGCUUGCCUUGGAUUUUGCAAAGACCUACUUUUGGAGCACUUCAGCGAGUUCCAGAGCCCUGCUGCGGCUUUUGGGUUUGUCCAUACAGAGCGAUGCUCUUGAACUUGGAGGCAGCAUGACGUUUGAAGCAUCACGUCGCAACCGACAGCUUCGAGCUCGUGGAGACAAACUCCACGCCAAGUGGGAACGACUGAGGAAAAGUGCUUGUCCUUUGGAACAAAAGUUUGCAGUGUUGCCGAUGGCUUUUUGGGCAUCCGCAUUGUAUGGGAAUGCUUCUUGUCCAUUGGCUGACUCCUACCACCACCAAUUGCGACAAGCAGCCAACAAAGCUUUGAGAUGUAAUCAGGCUGGCUCCAAUGCUCUCUUGCGCUUUUCUUUGAAUGACAAGAUGGAAUCUGACCCCGGCUUUUUCCAUGUUCUUUCGGUACUCCAGACUUUUCGACGAGUUUGUGGGCGUUCUCCUCGAAUACUGGACUGCUGGAGAUUAUGGAUGCAAUCCUUUGAUGGCAAAAUCACCAACGGACCUUUUGGAGUGUUGCUGGACACCUUGAACAAGAUCGGUUGGAGUGUUGGACUUCCACCCAUCAUUGUCGACCGGCAAGGUCUUUCUCAUGACUUGCUGCAGACUCCAUGGAUGCUUUUGAGGCACCUUCUGAAAGACUCAUGGCUUUGCUACGUAGCUACAACUUUGCAGAGACCUUCAAUGCUGGCAUUGAAUGACAUGGAUGAGUACGUGGUGAAGUGGCAUAACCACAAACUCACUGCCUUGGAGCGCUCGCUGCAAUCAGCACUGCAAAGCGGCACCUUUCUGGAUGCGAAGUCUCAUAGCAAAUAUGAUGUUACUAAAGAUGGUUUUUGUUCUGUUUGUUUUUGUCCCCAAACCCAUGAACAUUUGCUCACUUGUAAAAAGUAUGUGGACUUACGGGAAACUUUUUCUUUGACGGAUGAGCUGGAUGGUUUGCCACGAGCUUUCGUGCUUCACCUUCUAUGUCCACGCUCUCCAUGGGUGGAAGCCCUGCGAACCUAUUACACAGAAUUGGAGGACACCACCGGCGUUUUUCAUUCUGGCCCCAUGGGCGAUGAGGUUCAACACCUUUUCACAGAUGGCAGUCAUCGUGAAGAUGGACGUUUUGAGACCAAAAGAGCCGCUUGGGGGCUCUACAACGCAACUUCCCAAUCUCCUAUAGCGGCUGGAUGGCUUGCGGGUUUGCCUCAGACGAUAGCAAGAGCUGAACUAUCGGCGGUGAUUGCAGCCUUACGAUGGGUGCAACACUGGAAGAGGGCGACUCACAUUUGGCUCGACGCAUUGGAGAUCCACCGUGGGCUUCAAAAACGAUUAGCUGGCUAUGUCACAAAACAUGCAGAGGCCAAUGCCGAUCUCUGGUUGGUAGUUGACGAACUGCUUUUGGAUGAUUUAGCUGGUUUGAUAGGCUCCACCUGGAUACCUUCCCACCUUUGCAUUUCAGAUUGUGAGUCACCUUUUGAAGAGUGGGUGGCAAUCAAUAAUGGACAUGCUGACUCACUGGCAGUUCGGUGCAACGAAGAGCGCUCAAGUGCUUUUCAAGAAUUGCUGCUUUUUCAGAAGGAAUGGGAUGAGCGUUUCACUGGUCUUUUCGAGCGUUUGAGAAAAUACUACUUUUCCAUCUUUGAGCGCAUUCAGACUGACACGUCAAACACGCCGUGCGUUCGAGUUGACUGCUCUGAGGAUGAGAGUGACAGCGUUUUGUACAGUUUCCUUGAUGUUUUGUCAUCCGCUUUGGAUCCUUUGCAUUUUGUACACACUCUAGGGUUUCCAGUGGAAUUUUUGCAACAUGUGCUGGAUUGGCUGCGAUCUCACGAAGAUGAUAUGGGGGUGCCGGCCUCAGUUAGUUAUUUGGAGGUCACUUUUGGUUUGCUCAAGGUUGAUUCUGUCCUGUUUCCGUUUCGUAAUCCCAUGAACGGCCUGGCUCGGGUAGUUCGUCCUGAGCUUCUGGGUGCUGCAGGCGACGCCACCUCCGACGCCUCCCCAGCCUCGCCCUGGCGUGCGCGCCUCGCGCCACGGGGCGCCGUGUCCGCGGACGGCGGGGCGGCGCGGGCGCUGGCGGCACUGGGAACGAUGCAGGCUGGGGUGCAUAUCUUCUCUGUGGUCUUCAACGAAGGCUACGAAAGUCUCUGGACCAAUCCUCUCAUUGGCCCCAACGGCACCAGCCUCUACCGCUGCGGUGCCCUCUUUGUUGAUGGAGGUCAACACUGGCGCAUGAUGUCGUCCUUGUUCCUCAGCACCGGUGCCGUUCAACUGGUGCCAGGCCUCUUUCUCCAAUGGACGUUGGGCAAAUUCGUGGAACAGCGCUUGGGUUUCUGGCGCAUGUUGCAGGUGUUGCUCCUGAGCGGCGCCAGUGGAAGCUUGCUGAGUGCUUGGGGACAGCUCAACACUCGAAGGUUAAUCGUCGGCUCCUCGUUGCCGCUGCACGGUGUCUUAGCGCAGCGUCUCUGCAUGCCGCCUGUGGGGGCGGAGGAGCGGCUCUACUGGCGAGUUAGCGCCCUGGUGCUGCUGCUCUCCCUGUCCUUUGCUGCGCUGCUGCCUAUUCUGGACUUCCAGGGCCGUCUGGGCGCCACGCUCGGCGGCCUCCUCAGCGCCCUCGGCACCGGUGGUACCACCGGGUCCAAGACGGUGCUGGCGGCGAAGGAGCGACCCGGAUAA